UCAAACUUCACUGUUUCACUGUUCCUUGGCGCUCGUCAAUGGAGUCCGGGGCUGGGGAUACCGAUGCAUCUCGGAUUCUUGCUGAACUUGAGUCGUUGAGGGAGGCAAAGAGUGUUAUAGAGCAAAGAAUUUCUGUACUUGAGGGUCAACUCCACGAUAUUAAUCUCCGCAAUGACGUAUCGAACUGCGACUCGUGCUCUCCUACCUCCGUUCUCAAUUCGAGCUCCGCGAACGGAUUGUCCCCGGAUAUGAUUUACAGAUACAGCCGCCAGCUGUUGCUUCCUUCUUUCGGCGUUGAAGGGCAGGCAAAUCUCUUGAAGUCAUCCAUUUUAGUCGUGGGAGCUGGAGGCUUGGGUUCUCCUGCCUUGUUAUACCUUGCGGCUUCUGGGGUUGGUCGGCUGGGUAUUGUUGACCAUGACCUUGUUGAGCUGAAUAAUAUGCACAGGCAGGUAAUUCACACUGAAUCAUAUAUUGGUCAGCCAAAAGUGAAAUCUGCUGCUGCUGCUUGUCACAAGAUCAACUCCACCAUUCAAAUUGUGGAACACAAAGAAGCUUUGCGGGCUACCAAUGCAUUACAAAUUCUGAACCAAUAUGACAUAAUAAUAGACGCAACAGAUAAUGCUCCAAGCCGCUACAUGAUCAGUGAUUGCUGUGUAGUUUUAGGAAAGCCUCUUGUAUCAGGUGCUGCACUGGGUUUGGAAGGCCAGCUCACUGUCUACAAUUACAAGGGUGGUCCAUGCUAUCGAUGUUUAUUUCCAACUCCUCCACCUGCUACAGCUUGUCAAAGGUGUGCUGAUAGUGGAGUUCUAGGUGUAGUUCCUGGUGUUAUUGGUUGUCUCCAAGCUUUAGAGGCCAUCAAGAUUGCUGGUGCUGUGGGCGAAUCACUCUCUGGAAGGAUGAUUCUCUUUGAUGCUUUGUCUGCACGGAUCCGUAUUGUAAAAAUUAGGGGAAGGUCUUUGCAAUGUGAAGUUUGUGGAGAGAAUUCAACAUUCACUCAACAGCACUUUCAAGAAUUUGAUUAUGAGAAAUUCACUCAGACUCCAUUGACUGUGUCACCAUUGAAGCUGAACCUUCUUCCUGUGGAAUCAAGAAUUAGCAGCAAGCAAUACGGUGAAAUAAUUAGUAAGAAAGAGCCACAUGUGCUGGUGGAUGUGAGACCAACUCACCAUUUCAAAAUUGUGUCCCUUCCAAAGUCCUUGAACAUCCCACUUUCAACCUUGGAGGCCAGGUUGCCGGAAAUAUCCUCGGCUAUAAAGAAAGAAGAGGACAACGUUGGUGUAGCUUCUGGUUCAAGCGUGCAAUUGUAUGUCGUAUGUCGAAGGGGAAAUGAUUCUCAGCUAGCAGUUCAGUAUCUUCAGAAGAUGGGUUUUGCUUCUGCCAAGGACAUUAUGGGGGGCCUGGAAUCUUGGUCCAAGGAUGUGGACCCAAACUUCGCUUCAUAUUAGCUGAUCGCAGUUUCAAGAAGAAUUCUCAGGAAUGAUUUCAUGGUGCUGCAGAAUCAAGCAGCGCAUCUUAUUCAUUGAACAGACUUGCAGAGAAACAAUUCUCAUCAGUUUUAUUAGGCUCGAUAUAGUGACUUGUUUGAUAGAUUGUUAUGUGCAAUAUUAUAUAAUCGUUUCAAAUACUGAGAUAAUUUUCGUCUAUUGUUGGAAGAGGAGUCCUGAUUCAAUGAAGGGAUAUUGUGCAGAAAAUUCUCAACUAUGGUUCCUUGGUAUAUGUUCCAUGUCGGUCAUUAGAGGGGGGGUAGAGUUGUUUUAUGAAGCCUGAUAAUAGUAUGUCAUUCAAUAGCCAACAUGCGCUUAAUUAUUUUAUAAUCUACGGCUGCAAUAUGUGUUAUCAUUU